AUGAUUGGUUUCCUGCAUCGCUUGUACGCGGGUUUUAUUUCUCCGCCUGAAGCCCCAAAGACAGACAGUGCGCUGCGAUUUGGACUGCUCGGAGCUUCGUUCAUUGCACCAAUGGCUCUGAUUCUUCCUGCAAAGUCACAUCCCGAGGUGAUAGUGGCUUGUGUUGCGGCGCGAGACCGUGUAAAGGCCGAAAAAUAUGCGAAGGAGCACGGCAUUCCAGUUGUCCAUGAUACUUAUGAAGACGUCAUUAAUGACCCCGCCGUUUCUUGCAUUUACAUCGCUCUGCCCAACUCCCACCAUUACGAGUGGGCUUUGCGGGCAGUCAAAGCUGGGAAACACGUCCUGCUUGAGAAACCAUCUACUUCUAAUGCUAGUGAGGCCAAGAAACUAUUUGGAAACCACCUUUUUGCAGCACCAGGCGCUCCAGUGUUGCUUGAAGCGUUCCAUUACUCAUUUCAUCCGGCAUGGCAGAUAUUUCUUCAGCUCAUUCACCAAGAUCCUCUAGCAGGGCCAGUGAAGAUUGCAUAUAGUCAGUUCUUUUUAUAUAAAGGAUUCCUCAACAGAAAUGACCCCUCCGAAAUCCGCCUCCGAUAUGCAUUGGCCGGUGGCUGCGGGAUGGACCUGUCCAGCUACAAUGUGUCUCACAUCCGGCAAAUGCUGGCUGACUCGCAUCCAAAUGUUCAAAGUGCGAAUUUUAGAAUGCUGUCUACGUCAAAACCGCCACUAGACGAGCAAGACCUAAAACAAAUCGACGAAGCGGUGACGGCAACCUUUAAAUCUGCAACGGGCGCCGAAGGCCGUAUCGUCGCGGAUCUUUCGACUGCUGGUGGCUGGCCGAUUAUUCCUGCUUCCUGGUCGCGCAACUUACCGAGUAUUGGCUGGCCCAAAUGCGUCGCAGAGUUGGGAGAGAAGCAAAUUGAAGACGAUACAGAACUUACUGAUGGGGAGACUCAUGUUGUCCAACGAACAGUCACGUUCUAUAACCAUAUAGCGCCUAGUAUGUACCAUAGCAUCGUCGUGCAGGAUAAGCACUCGAUCAAGCGCGAUGUAGAGACUGUGCACUCAUGGACGCAGACGAGAACGGUUAAAGCAUAUGACUGGCCAGACAAAUCCGAUGGUCGUCAAGGCGAAUCAUGGUGGACAACCUAUCGGUACCAGCUGAAUGAAUUUGUUCAUCACGUUAAGGGUCGUAAGGGAAGCGGAGUAUGGUUCUCUGGUCAAGACAGCAUUGACCAGAUGGCCGUUAUUGAUGAGAUGUACGAGAAGGGGGGUCUGAAGGCCCGGCCAUCCGCUGCAUUUGAGUCGGAGCCCUAA